UAGUUUCCCCUUUGGUUAGUUGAGCUACAUUUAAAUGUUGGUUUUAAAUCCGGUGAGGGUUUGAGAGUCUGAUACUCUGAUUCUAGUUCUUGUUUGAUAAAAAGUCCUCAAAGAAAAAAAAAAAAUCUAUAGACUCAAAAAUUUUGGUGUUUUUGCUUAAGAUCUUGGUUGCAUUUCUUGCAGUGUUGAUUUCAAUGGACUUUUAGCUUAGUAUUACCAGCAAGAUUCAAUGUCAACGAUUGCGUGACCUCCAUAGAAAAAGAGUUCCUUUUGUGUGUUGUAGAUGUCGUUCCGUAGCAUAGUUCGUGACGUGAGGGAUGGGUUUGGGAGUUUAUCAAGGCGGAGUUUCGAUGUAAGGCUUAGUGGGAUUCAUAAUAGAGGAAAGUCUCAGGGGUCGGUAAAUGACUUAAGUGACAAUCAAGCCUCUCUUAUAGUCCAAAACAGUCGAUGGGCUAAUCUACCUCCCGAGCUUCUCAAUGAUGUGAUUAAAAGGUUGGAAGAGAGUGAAAGUAGUUGGCCUGGCAGAAAACAUGUGGUCGCUUGUGCCGCUGUUUGUAAAUCAUGGAGGAAUAUGUGUAAAGAGAUUGUUAGAACUCCUGAAUCCUGUGGAAAGCUUACUUUCCCGGUUUCCCUAAAGCAGCCAGGACCACGUGAUGGUACUAUUCAAUGUUUCAUUAAGAGGGAUAAAUCGAACUUGACGUAUCAUCUUUUUCUGUGUCUUAGCCCAGCAGCUUUACUAGUUGAAAAUGGGAAGUUUCUACUUUCUGCUAAAAGAACUCGGAGGACUACUUGCACCGAGUAUGUUAUCUCUAUGGAUGCUGAUAACAUUUCCAGAUCAAGCAGUACCUAUGUUGGCAAACUCAGAUCUAAUUUUCUUGGAACAAAGUUCAUAAUUUAUGACACACAGCCUCCACACUCUGGAGCCCUUGUCCAGGCACCAGGCCGAUCAAGCAGAAGGUUUUAUUCAAAGAAAGUCUCGCCAAAAGUGCCAAAUGGUAACUACAGCAUUGCCCAUAUCACCUAUGAGCUUAAUGUGCUGGGUACACGGGGCCCACGUAGGAUGCACUGCAUAAUGCACUCAAUUCCCAACUCAGCACUCGAGCCAGGUGGUUCUGUGCCAGGUCAGCCAGAGAUCCUCCUUCCUCCCCGUUCACUUGAAGAUUCUUUUCGCAGCAUCUCCUUCUCAAAAUCGCUCGAUUGUUCAACUGAGUUCAGCAGCUCAAGGUUUUCCGAAAUUGUUGGCGCCGCCAUAUCAAAUGAUGUAUCAGAUACUGAGAAGUCAAAGAUGCCACUGGUUCUGAAAAACAAGGCACCUAGGUGGCAUGAACAGUUGCAAUGUUGGUGUUUGAAUUUUAAGGGUCGUGUGACGAUUGCUUCCGUGAAGAAUUUCCAGCUGAUCGCAGCUCAACAGCCACCAGCAGUGGCGGCGGCGCCAUCCUCUGCAGGGACUUCUAGCUCUCAGCCAGCUCAACCAGAGCAUGAUAAAGUCAUCUUGCAGUUCGGAAAAGUAGGGAAAGAUAUGUUCACCAUGGAUUAUCGGUACCCUUUAUCUGCAUUUCAAGCUUUUGCUAUCUGUUUGAGCAGCUUUGACACCAAAUUAGCUUGUGAAUAGAGAAGAUAAAAAUUUAAUGAAAACCCGCCCAAAAAAAAAAAAUUGAAAAUUAACAUUAGGAUAAAAGAAGUAAAUGGCAAUGCCUUUCUUUGGGUGUUCAUUUCUUUUGUGUACUCUCUCUUUAUUAGUAGAACGUGGAAGUGUUGUUGAUGUUAUAUUAUGUUCAAGUGAAAACCCGAUUAUAAACAAAAAGCAUUUUCAUUGUU